UUGUACAUGUACUGUCAAUCCGCUUUACUCUAUACGACAGAAGAGACGCCGGCAAUUUUCGGAGUAAAUUCGUUGGAAUUAAAGCAGUAUGGAGUAUUCUUCGCUAGUUUUUGGAGUAGUGGUCGGCAUAAUAGCAGGUGUGAUUGCACAGGAGGCGACUAUAUCAGUGAAUCAAGCAAUUGUUGUGAAGCCCACCCCAAAUCCCCUUACUGACCCUGCAGAUCGCGUGGACAUCACCCUACAAUGUAUCGGCAGUCGGACAGAUCUCAGCUACUACAUUAAAAACCAAGUAAACUGGAAUUUUACGAGCAACGUUGAUGGAAAAAACCAUCCUGUAACAACUAGCUUCUAUAAGUACUCAGGAUCUGAAUCAGCUUAUGCACCAAAACAUUUUGGAAAAGGACACUUUGACUUUGAAUACAUGCCUGAUCCUGCAAGUGGGGAAAUGACCUUUAAUCUGAAAAUUAAUGGGGUAACAUACAGUGAUGAUGGUAUUUACACUUGUUCACUUCUCCAAGGUGGUACAACAGUCAUUGACCAGAAGACAGUCCAAGUUACCGUUGUUCAUCCUGUGGAUUCGGUGAAAUUGUCACUCAAGCAGGGUGAUAAUGAACUGUUCAGUGCUAUGCAGCCUGCUGGCGUCAACGAGGCUGCCAACAAAUUAAAACCUGGAAAUUACAAGGCUAUGUGCCAAGCUGAGGGCAGUAACCCUGAACCAGAAAUCCAUCUGAUGAUGAAUGGAGAGAAAUACUCCGGUGCUCCAACCACCAUGAAAUCCAUCAUUGACAAUCAGCGUCCUAGCUACAUGAAGAAAAUAGACAAGAUGUAUGAUCUUACACAUCGGGAGAUGGAACAAGUCUUGUCAUGCGAGGCAAACAUUCCUGGCGAAAUGUACCAACCACAGGUCGCCUCUAUGAAACUGAAAGUACAAAUUGUCAAGCCAACAAUUGAUUGCGAGAAUAUCACACGCUCAAUCGGUGAUAACUAUGUGCCAAUCGAAUGCACAAUAACCUCCCAGUCUGAUGUUAUGUGUGAGAUGGUGUCAUGGCAGUUUGCUGAUAGGAAUGAAGUGAUCACUCUAGGCGAGGCUGUCAAGGAUCCUGAGCAAAAAUAUGACAUUGUGAAAGCUGAAUGCACUUCGGUUGAUGAAAAAACUGCGAAGACAACAUUGACGAUAUACAAGGCAAAUGCUGCCCACUUCAAGGCAGUCUACUAUGUAAACUACGGAGUUGGUGAAGACCUGCACAGACAUCCUGUCAGCAUAAACCUAGACACAACAAUUUCAGGCAGCAACCUCAUUGUACCUCUUUCGAUGUUAGUGUACAUCGUCAUGGCAGCUGUUUCCAAGCUUUUGUAACAUCUACAUCACCUAGAACCUUACAAAUAAAGAACAUCCGCAUCAGCUAGACGCUCUAAGAUCAAGAUCAUUCAUAAAGUAGCUCAUGAACAUGGAAUUUUGUGAAAUAGAAAUAUGGAAGAAGCAAUUUGUAAAGAAUUAAUCAUUUUACAUGCCGAGGAGAUUCUGUACAUAUUUGUCAAUAAGUGUGAUUACAUAAAAAAAAAUGUUGAGAACAGAAGGUUAUAAAUAAAGUUUUGCGAUUCCAUGGAUAGGGAAGUAAGAAAUAUACAUGCUUUGAAAUAGAAUAAAGUAUUUGAUUCAAAUAUAGUAAAUAGGUUAUACUGGUAACUUUUGUACAAUGUAGAUAUCUACCAAUUAAAACUUCUGUAUUAGAUAUGUAGUAGUAGAAUUAACAAAUCAUUCAUUCCAAGACAUUUAGUGCUAUGUUAAAAAGUCAAUAUCCACAUUAAUGACGCUUACUUUGUCAUUGUAUGUGGGUUACAUGUAGUAUGCAUUUCAUAUGUCAUUAAUUUUAUUUGCAUUUUGUAAUACUUGCUUACAUUUUAUAUCAACUUUUAUGUGACCUAUGACACGAGAUAAUACUUUUCGUGGAAGUGUGAUUGAUUCUUCGCAAAGAGUUAAAUGUUCAAGAAAUGUUUAAAUUGUCCAAAAAUGUUGCGAUAAGUUUAUUCCACAACUGUUGCAAACAUGUUUCAAAUUGCGAUCAGUUAAUUCCAGAAAUAAUUUGUAUUGUGAUCAGAUGUUGUAUAUAAAAUCAAAAAUCUCUGUUGCAGCUGCUUAUUCUUUUAAACUAAGUUUUUGAAAUGUAUAAGCAAUACAUUAAAACUUUUGUUGUUCAUUCCUUUGCUUUUUUAAAUGCACUUCUAUGAAGCUUGUCUUUGCUGGGAAAUAUUCUACCAACUAUAUCUGUUUCAUAUUAUUCAAUUGUUAGGGGUGUUAGAUUUGUACAAAAUUAAUCGUGUAAAUACAUAAUAUUCGUCAAAUAAUGACUAAUAACCCAGAUUGGAAAAAAAUAAAACAAGAAUAAUUUUAAUCAUUUAAUCAAUUAUAUCAAAAUUCACAUUUGUUAUCAAAUCAUGAACUUGUAAUUAAGUAUUGGAAAGAUUAAUAAAUCAUAUGAGCCAUUUCUAUGGUGAAUUAUAUUGACCUUGACCUUGUUCGUUGUCCAUUCUUUACUCGUGUAAGUAUGAAUAUUGUAUAUUUUCAGCAUAUUAGUAAUGUUCUAUAUUGCAAUUAUAACAUUUGAUGACUGAUUGUGGUGUGAUGUUGAAACCAAGUGAUGCUAAAUAUCCAAAUGUGAACAUUUAGACAUCUUUGUUGAAAUAGCUUGCUCUUGAAAUGUUUUGAAUUAAAAUUGAAAAAUGAGCAACCCAGUUUUGCUAAAGAAUUAGUACAAGUUCUUGUAAAUUUUGUGGAAAAAUCUACAACAAAUCACUUGGUUAAUACACUUUAUAGUGAAUGAAUUGUAUAAAUGUUCUCCGAUUUUGAAUCAAUUGUAUAGAUGUUUAGCUUGUAUGUAUAGCGUUUUUCUGUUUUUACUUUAUCUUUGAAAAUUUGUAUGUGCAUUUUAAAUGUCUUGUUCUAAACACAAUGCUGUCAGCUUGCAAAUUCACUUUCUAACAUUAAAUGUUGUUUCAAUUUUAAGAAAAUAGCUUAACACAGGAUUGGAGCAAAAUAUACGUAAAUCCAAUUUUGAUGUCCUUAUUAAUCACACAAUAUUUUUAAACUUAUUCCUAGUUGUUUUCACACAUAGUUCAACCUUUUCAGUUCAGUUUCGAAAGCCUUGCAUAUUCCUCUAUUCUGACCGGAUGUCAAACAGUACAUGCCUACUUCAUUGAAAAUAUCGCUAUUUACCUUGUAUGCAGUGCCUGUGUUAGCAGAAUUCUUUGCUUGAAUAUUAUUAUUUUAUUUGUAUAGCAAUAUCAUCUUUAUUCAUUUAAUCAAAUGAUCUAAAUUUGACGUUGAAUAGCAAAUGUGGAAUUGAAUUUGUGAAUUAAAUGGGUAAUUCUGCAAUUCAUGAUUGUUGUUAACAUUUAGGAUUAAUUGAUACAGUACUUGAGGUGUAGAAGUUAUGUUGAAUUUUGUUUGUUCAAUACUAUGAUAUAAACUCCAGUUUAAAACAACCACAUCUACUGCAGCAUAUCUGUAAUAACCUUAUUUGUUUUUAUCAAAUCUUCCAAAGAAGUGUUGGGGCUGCGAAACCGGCAUAUUUUGUUAUGCUUACUGCAGUAAGAUGCAGUGAAACUGGCAUAUUUUGUUAUGCUUACUGCAGUAAUAAGAUGCAGGGAAACCGGCAUAUGUUGAUAAGUUUACUGCAGUAAGAUGCAGGGAAACCAGCAUAUUUUGUUACGCUUACUGCAGUAAGAUGCAGGUGUGUAACAGAGCCUCCACUGUAAUUGUGCAAGCUGAAAAUCCAAGUGUUGUACAAGUUUGCUCAAACCUCUAUGUCAGCUGUCAUUGUGUCCGUGUGUUCAGUUCUUCAUAAGUUUUUAUUUAACAAUUUCAAAAUAAAUUUUAGAUCUGUCA